ACUCCAGAACGCCCUGAACACCCAGGGGUCCCUCACAGCAAUGUUUGAGGUGACCAAGCUGACGGAUAAUAGCAUUAAAACCGUUAUUAUCCGUAUGUACAAUGAAACCGUACAGCCGGAGGACAUUGCAGUAUGGCUGGGCAGGUACUGCAACGUGAAGGGUCCCCUGAUCCAUGUAAAAGACCUCGAUGGGAUCUGGACAGGGGCCUGGAGAGUCACUGUCCAGCAAAGGGAGGACCCUGGGGGCUAUGGUGGGUUGAAAGCCAUCCCAUCCACCAUAGUCCUCGGAGAGAACAGGGGCCAUGUUCACUACCAGGACCAGCCCAAGCUGUGCCGUAAGUGUGGUGAACAUGGCCACCUUGCAGACGCCUGUCAGAAGGUUGUCUGCAUGAAGUGCCGGGAGGUGGGCCACCGCUACGAGGAGUGCACGAACGGAAGGUCGUGCAACCUCUGUGGCGAGCGGUCCCACCUCAUCCGCGACUGCCCCUCCUCCUGGGCCAACAGGGCCAAGGCUGGAAGGAGGGAGUGGGCGGCCGCGGACCGGGCUUUCGAGCGCCAGAGGGCUGGAACGGCAGUUGCCGAGGUGGUAGUGGAGGAGCCGGUGGUGGUGGAGGAGGAGGCAGUAGUGGAGCCGGUAGUGGUGGUGGAGGAGACAGUUGUGGAGCCGGUGGUGGUGGUAGUGGCAGUAGUGGAGGGCGCGGAAGGUGUAGUGGUGGAAGAAGUGGGAGGAGAGGACAAAACCCUCCCCACCCCAAUCCCCCUGCCCCAGACUAAUGUGACCCCUGAAGGAGAAAGGGCCGAGAAAGACGGCUCCGGAGAGAUGUUCAGCGAAAGCUCCCCAAGUGGGUCAGAUAUUAUAGGGUCGGUGUCGGAAAGCACCAUGGAGACUGUGUCAGAAGGUACGGGAGAGGAGGGGGAGAUUCUGAAGGAACACCUCCCCCUACGUAAAAGAAACGCUGAAGAGCUCUCUGACCCCGAACAGGGAAAUGGGGGGAUAAGUGGCAGCACGGGCCCUCCAUUUGGAGUGGCUCCAAUUUUAACAAGAACGACGGUGUUGCCAUUUUAAUCAAGACCCCACAGGUGGUGGUG